AUGGGUUCAGCUGAGGACGUGUUCACCCCACUGUCUCAGUUAAAAUAUGGAAUGGACAAAUGUAAAGUUCGGGUGCGCAUCUCGCGGCUGUGGGAGUCCUUCAAUCCAAAAAAUGACACUUUGUUCGGCCUUGACUGCCUUCUGAUCGACGAUCAGGUGCUGCAUUCCGGUAAAACUAUGCAGGCGCGUGUAGAACCCGGCGAUAUAGAGCGGUUUGAGCACAGGCUAGUUGAAGGGAAGGUCUAUGCCUUGUCAGAUUUUCAUGUUGAUGUGCAGAGGGACUACUAUAUGUCAUGUAGCAAUGAGUGGACUAUCUUUGAGUUUGUUAAUUUCAAGGAUCUCCGUUCUAGGUGUGGCGACAACAGCUUAUUGACAGAUAUUCUGGGACACGUAGUAGGUGUCGGGGGGCUACAUGAGGUCACAAAAAGAUCCCGCGUUAUAGAAAUUUGCAAUGCAAGCAUUCGGGACUUGAGAGGAAAGGUACUUGGUGUCACACUGUAUGGUGAUAUUGCUUCUGGUUUUGCUGAAGAUAUGGCCGAGAAAGGCAAAGACGCCUCAGUUGUUGCUGUCUUUGCAGGGAUGUCUGUUGAUUCCUCAUCAUCGGUUUGCUCUACAACGUCUUCAGAGUACUAUCUGGAUUUGGAAAUGCCAGAGGUGCAAGAAUUCCGUGCAAAUCUGCGCAUUCAGAAAGCAAACCCUGUCCCCAAAAAAACUCCAGCGCAGAAGUUAGCCGAGAGUUGGCGAACAAUCGAACAGCUAAAAAACCUUGAUCCAGAAGAGUAUGACGAGGAUACCACGUUUUUGUGCAGAGUCUCUCUGAUAGACAUAGAUUGCAGCAAUGGCUGGUGCUACCUUGGAUGCGACACCUGCCAGAAGUCCAUGUACGGGGCCCCAAGGAAAUACAAGUGCGCGCGAUGUGGCCCGAUCAAGAGGCCAGUUCAGUGGUACAAGCUGAAGGCGAAGGUGGAAGAUGCCACGGGCACAAUGGACCUGAUGAUCUUCUGCGAGGUGGCGGAGGAGCUGGUCGGUGUCUCUGCAGAGGAGCUCGUCGGUAACAUCGAGGAAGACGACGAGUGGUACGCCCUGCCCGACGAAAUCGAUGAUCUUAUUGGCUCGACGCACACCUUCCAGGUUUUCGACAAGUACGUGAACGGGAGCUUCGCGGUGAGGUCGAUCAUGGACGAUGCUAGCGUCCCAGCCCCUCCUUCAGCCGCUAGUCAAUGCAAGGAGGUGGUGGACCCUGAGGGGAGCCAGAAACCUAACAAGCGCCUGCGAGGGGACGACUCGAUCAACUAGGGAAUGGGGGAGUAAUGGGACUAGUAAUAGUGUAUCUAGGGUAAUGCGUCUGAAAGGAUCAGGCAAUGGGUCUUUCUGUUAUUAUCCUUCUUCUACCUGGAAACUCCUGCAUCUACUGCUGUGGCUCCAUCUAGUGAUUGUGAUGGGCAACAGACCAGAAACCCUCUUGAACAUUGUUUACCUCUACCUGGAUGCCGUUCGUUGUAGAUUCAAUGGCUCAGGAGGCAAGUUUUCAGACUUACACCCAAAUCAAGUUCUCACUUGAUACAUCAUUAAUAGAGUAAAUUUGAAAUGAAGUGAACUAUACUGAAGCUUGC